AUGAAUAAAAAGAAGAAGAAAAAGAUACAGGGGGGAAGCGAUGAACGUAUUCUUAUUAAUAGUAAGACGACAACGACUACUACCUCUACAACUACUACUACUACAACAAUCACAAAAACAACCAUCUUGAAUGGUGACCAACAUAAAGAAAUCCUCAAACAAGACAACUAA